UACCAGUCGCCCACUCGCCCCCCUUGAUCCCCAACAAAAUUAAACCGCGCCCAAAGCAUUUCAAUCUUCCCUCCUCUUCGUCUUUCCUAUUCCAAACCCUAAUUUUGUCUGUAAACUUCAUUUCGUCUACUCUCCAACUCUCAUCUUAGCUUAGUGAAGUGCAAUAAGGCUGCAAUCUCACUCCCUUCUCUUUUAUUUCUUCGAAUUUGUGUCACAAUCAGGUAGCAAUCUUGAAUCGAAUCCUGAAAUAAAAGCCGCACUUCCACCAUCGCCGGCGGUGUUCGCAAUUGUUCCGACAAAUCGAUUUCAAAAAUGGAAAAUGUUCAACAGAUUUUAGAGAAUCAAGUUUUAACAGUUGCGAAAGCAAUGGAGGAUAAGAUCGACGAUGAAAUCGCAGCCCUAGAUCGCCUAGAAAGCGACGAUAUAGAAGUGUUGAGAGAGAAGAGGAUUAAGCAAAUGAAGAAAAUGGCGGAGAAGCGUAGCCGUUGGAUCUCCCUCGGCCAUGGCGAUUAUUCCGAGAUUCCUUCUGAAAAGGAAUUCUUCUCUGUUGUUAAAGCUAGUGAUCGCGUAGUUUGCCAUUUCUAUCGCGAAAAUUGGCCUUGUAAGGUAAUGGACAAGCACUUAAGCGUUUUGGCAAAGCAACAUAUUGAGACACGAUUUGUAAAAAUUCAGGCUGAGAAAAGUCCAUUCUUAGCUGAAAAGCUGAAGAUUGUCGUCCUUCCUACCCUUGCAGUUAUAAAGAAUGCCAAAGUUGAAAAUUAUAUGGUCGGUUUUGAUGAGCUUGGUGGCCGUGAUGAUUUUAGCACAGAGGAACUAGAGGAGAGAUUAGCUAAGUAUCAGGCUAUCAUCUUUGACGGUGAAUCAUCAGUAAAACCCUCAAGAACUCAGGGACAUACCAGAAGUGUGCGACAAAGUGAAACCCAUGAUUCGUCAGAUUCAGAUUAGAGUUGUCUGAGCUGUAGGUCACUUCGCCUUUCUUUCAUGAUGUUAUAAUCUUUUUGUACUUGAUAGUGAAUGCAGGGAAGGAGAGGGGGCAAAAACAGAGCUAUGUGGAGGGUGAAAGAGAAAGAAAGAGGUACCAUUUUUAGGGUGUAGUACAUUUGGAUUGUACUAUGAUCAAUCGAAUGAAUUUGAGUUCAGCCUGUAUAAUAUUACUUUUAGUCAAAUUAGUAGCCCACAUGUUACUACUCUGUAAUGUUUAUUGGCUAUGUAUUAGUAUUGCUCUUUGAGUGUUUCUGGUGAGUUCAAUGUUCUUUUUCA